CACUGGUCCCUGCUCGAGUUGUCUUUUUUCAGCUCUUCACUCUCACUCUAAAAGAAAAAAUUGCAUCGAUAACGUCUUUCCUUCCUCAACUAUUGGCGGCGGUAGUGUGCAUCCAUAAUGCGGAGGCAAAAUCCAAUUAGCGAACUUCCAGAUUCAGAUCAAAGCAUUUCCGAGGAGGAAGAUUCAAACGACGGUUUCCUGGAGCCUGCCGUUUCUUUGGAUCCUUCUGCCAAUAACCAGGAAGAAUUGCCUCUUCCAGUGCGGCUGGAUUUUCUGAGAGGUGCCAGUAAACGAAGCUUGGAUGGGAAUGGGAGCAAGUCGUUUGAGAAACCAACAGGUGUCUUGCACGAAGAUGAGGUUGAAUUGCCUGACUUCAAGGAGGUUGAAUUCAGUCACCUUUCAGGAGAGAUAGUUGCCAACUCAAGUGACGAAGAAGUAAUUUCUGAAGAUGAGGGAAAGACUAUCCUUCAGAGAAUUGUUACUGGCUUUAGGACCAAAGGUAGAGAGCUUUACAAGGACGGUGCUUGUUCUAUCAGGAGUGAGCAAGCUGGGCAUGUCAAUGAAGAAUAUGAACCAUUACUACAUCUCAAAGAAAGUGUGCCUUGUUCUGGAUCCGAUGAUGCUUCCUCGAAAGCAAAUAGAUGCAGUGAUGGAAUCUGGAGCAAAGCCAGGCCAAAAUUUUCACGACAAUCAUUGUCACAUAAGCAUGAACUCUCUGGUACUUUGAUCUCCAAUUGUGAUAGGAGUAUGCCAUUCGAGAUUCAUGGGUUACCUCAAACAAUAGAACCUGUUAGUCCUGGGAUUUCUGCAUGUUCAAUUGAGAGUUAUCUUGAAGAUGAUGAUGAAGUGGGAAAUAAUUUAGAGACUAAGCCUGCUGAAGAAGAAGAAUAUGUUGCACGUGGAUUGAAUCUGCACUCAAUGGCUGAUCUUGUUGACAACCUUCAAGAUAAGGCUUGUUCUUAUUUGUCACAUUAUCGUAAAACAAGAGGAAAGAAAGCAAAGCAUUUUUCAACUAGGAGUAGAUCCCUCUUGCAAGACAGUAGUAAUGGUGAAGAUUCCCCUGAGCCUGUGGAUAGUGGAUCAUCAAGUGAUAAUGAGGUAAGUGAUCAAAAUAUGAAGAUUGCUUCCCCGGAAAAGAAAUUGCAGACCAUGGCUGAUCGAUUUCAGCAAGCUCUAGGGGCUUCGUCUGUGACUGAUGAAGGGACUUAUGUUGCAGCACUCAAAUCAUCUGGAUCUGGAAUAUUUGGAAACUUGCUGCGGGUCAUGCAGAAAGAAAAAGAAAGGGAUGUUAACUUUCUAGAAGAGUCACAAGCUGGAGCUAACCCGCGUAGUGGGCUUGGUGGUGUUGAUGUAAAAAUCAUUUCAAGAUACUUGGAUGGAAAGCUGAUUGUAUGCUGUUGCUCAUUUUGCAAAUACACAGAGGAAUUUUUGUUGCUCGACGACUCUAAAAGAAUGGUGUGUGGCGGCCAGGAAAGGACCAUCAUCUUUAAUCCAAGAGUUAGUGAUGUUGACCUCGAAGUUGGAAACAUGAUCCGUAUUCACCCGCCAUGGAAAGAAGUUCAAGUGGGAAAUGAUGAUGUCAUACUGUGCACAUAUUUCUCUGAGAUUCCGUGCCCUGAUUGAUUCCCUCAAGAUAUCAACAAAUUCAGCACGUCGUUCAGUAUUUUCUGCAAUGAGCUCGUCGUUUGAGAGCUAACGUGUUUUGGUCCAUAUUAAUUAAUUAAUACAACUAACAGCCAUUUCACACUAUUUUUGUUCUCAUUUUUUUGUUUUGGUCUUUGUUAAUAUUCUGUGGGGUAUUCAUCGUCCGAAAGAAUGAUUUGGCAAAUAGAUUUAGAUUUGCAGUU